AUGCCGAUGGGGGUCUACUAUGACAAAUGCUUCAACUCCUCCCCUCUCAUAAAGUCGACUUCGGAAACUCUUACACUGGAGGAGGCGGGCAGUUCUGUCGCGUGCUCUGCAGCGGCUGAGCGUUUAAGUGCACGAGUUGAUUCCCAGCUUCAAGAAGCAGUGCGUUUGAAAACAGAGGGGAACGAUUUCUACCGGGAGAAAAACAUAAGAUCUGCUAUUGGGCGAUACCACCGUGCCCUGCUGGUUCUUCGUGGUCUGGACUCCGAUGUGACUUCAGCAGUCAAAGCAUUCGGGCCCCAUCAAGCACCACUCCGCGCCGAGCAAAGCGAACUCCUUAGGAAUACGCAAACUGACUGCUAUAACAAUUUAGCUGCAUGCCUACUCCAGCGUGAAUGUGUGGACUAUGCACGAGUUCAGGAGUACAGUCUGAAAGUGCUGCAAUGGAGACCAGGUGAUGUUAAAGCCCUGUACAGAUCUGGAGUGGCUGCACUGGAGUUGGGGGACGCACAGACUGCCCGGCAAUACCUGCUUCAGGCCAGCAGGGGGAAACCUAAUGAUGCCAAUGUGAAGAAGCAGCUGCAGCGAGUAGAGGAGAGGCUUAACACUGACUACCAAAAGGAGAAAGCUCUUUACAAAGGCAUGUUCACCAAACAGAAGCAAGAAGCAGGAGAGGAAGUUGUUGAGGAAAGCCAGAAGCAUGUCUGAUGAA